AUGAAGGCGACGAGCCAGAUCGAUGGUUCAGCCAAGAAGCUGACGAAUAGAGCGCUUCUCCCACCAAGGUGGCCGCUAUACCUCACCUUGAUUGGCGCAGCCGUGCUACGUAUCGGCAUCGUCCUCUACACAAAUGCAUUCGAGCUGCUUCAGGAUCGUCCCGAGCUCAGCACACCACUCACCAGCUUCAAGGCGCUCAUGGAGACGCACUAUCUCUUCCGACAUCCGCCCAAGCCAGCCUCACCUUCGUCCUUCCCCUCGCUGUCGGAUCCAUAUUCGGCUGGAACAAUUCACCAUUCACCGCUGCUUUUGCCCGUCCUCGACUUCGCACUCAAGCGCUUGCACGCAUCGGGCGAUCCGUUGCCGGUGACAUUCAUCUGGAUAGCCGCCGAUGUGUGCGCGGGCUGGCUACUCUACCGCAUCUGCCUUGCCCGCGAGGUAGCCAGGUGGUCUCGGCAGAUCCAUCUCUACGCUUGGGACCAGAGCAGAGCGUUGAAGGUGGCCGCCAUAUUCCUCUUCAACCCUUACACUAUAGCCACGUGCAUCUCGAGGAGCUCGGUAUCGCUCGAGAUCGUUGCGUUGCUCGCCGCCAUCCACUCUGCCGUGUCAGCCUCGGCCAUCUUGCUUGCUGUGUGCUGGGCGAUAUCUUCAUGCCUCUCACUCUACCCGGUCCUGUUCUUGCCCAUGCUCGUACAACUUUGCCGCUCCAGAGCCGGCGAGCUCAUCUACGAACGCGAGGUCGCGAGGAUCGGCAAAGACGCCAACUCGACCGACACAAUCAAGGCAACACGCCAGCGUGGCUUCCUUGCCGACCGAGUACGUUCCGCAAAACGCUUCGCCGUCUUCAAGUGCAUUCUUCUCAUGCCUGUUGCACUCGCUGGCGGCCUGUGGCUCUCGAGGGCCAUUGUUCUCAAUCCAAGCAGCACCUCAGCAAGCGCUCUGCUCCUCGGCCUUCCAACCAUCCUCCAGAUACCAUUGCACCACGGCUGGGCAUGGACCGAGCAAGUGUACGGUUCAGUCGUCUUGUGUACAGACCUCACGCCCAACCUCGGUCUGUGGUGGUACUUUUUCAUGGAAAUUUUUGAUCAUUUCCGCGACUUUUUCCUCCUCACCUUCAACGUGCACCUUGCCUGCUACGUUCUGCCGUUUGCAGUCAAGUACAGGCAAGAUCCGCUCUUCGCCAUCACCCUCAUGACAGGCGUCAUCGCCGUCUUCAAGAGCUAUCCUACGAUGGGCGAUCAUGCGCUCUUCAUGGGUCUGCUGAGCGUGCAUAGUCAGAUCUUCGAGUACAUGCGGUACCCAUUGGUGACGACCUUGACGUAUGCAUACUGCACGUGUCUGUCCCCCGCGUUCCACCACCUGUGGCUCAACGCAGGCUCGGCCAAUGCCAACUUCUUCUUUGCCAUCACGCUGGUGUGGGCAUUGGGCGGUGGCAUGCUGGUGCUAGAUGCCAUGUGGGCGUGGGGACGCGAGCGAUGGGAAAGCGAGAGGUCGCCUAUUCGGCCGCGCCGAAGCAGGCACGAGGACCAGCCUGUCGAGGCCGAUGUUUCCAUCGACACUGUUGCUUCCAACGCUUCGGGCAGUGCCUCGAGCGUACCGAAGGAGGAGACUGAUAAGCCGAGAAGAAGAAUCGUUGUACAAGUAUAG